ACCCCAUAUAGGUGACACAGUAACUCACCAAAGCAUAGAACAAAGCCCUCUCUUCUCCGCUCCUCUGGCGGCUCUCAAUUUUUGGAACCCCAAACCCUAGUUAUAUAACUAAUUACUCUCACUCGCAUAGUUUCACGCGUCAUGCUUGUAUUUUACUUGUGUUCCACAGAAAUUAAGUAACACAAAGAGAGUUGUGGUUUGGUGGAGAACGAAAGAGAGAAGAAUAAGAUACUGGAGCAUUAGUUAGGGCAAAAGUGGAAGCACCGACCGUUCGCUUUGGCCUCAGUAUCCGACCUCUCUUCACCUCCUUCUUCCGCUUCGCCGGGAAUUGCUCGCUUCGACUCUGACGGUCUCCAAAUUCAUCACCAAUCUCACCAGAUUCCCCUCAGUGUCCAUCCUCGAACUGUUCAGUUGUUCAAGGUGAGUCCUGUUCUAUCGGUGUGCGUGGUGGAAGGAUCUGAUGCUGGCAAAAAGACAUUGUAUUCCAGGGCAGUCACUAUCCAGUUUAGAAAUGAGGAGGAGAGUGCGGCCUUCCAUUGUGUAGUCCAACAGUGGAAGAAGGAAGUCAAUACUCAAGAAGGCAACGAACGAAUUGGAACAAUUACAGCAUCUAAAAGCAAAUUUGAUGAAAAAAUAGAAUCAUCAUCUGCAAAAAUGUAUUUCCAUUAUUAUGGACAACUUCUGCAUCAGCAAAAUAUGUUGCAGGACUAUGUGCGGACAGGAACCUAUCAUGCUGCUGUUAUUGAGAACCGUGCUGAUUUCAUUGGUCGUGUUGUGGUUGAUGUGGGUGCUGGUAGCGGUAUUUUGUCAUUAUUUGCUGCUCAGGCUGGUGCAAAACAUGUUUAUGCUGUGGAAGCAUCUGAAAUGGCAGAAUAUGCACGGAAACUUAUAGCUGGAAACCCAACACUGGCUCAACGAAUUACAGUGAUCAAAGGCAAAGUUGAGGAUGUUGAAUUGCCAGAAAAAGCAGAUAUUUUGAUCUCUGAGCCCAUGGGCACCUUGUUAGUCAAUGAAAGAAUGCUGGAGUCUUAUGUCAUUGCCAGAGAUAGGUUUCUCAGUCCUACUGGGAAAAUGUUUCCAGCAGUGGGAAGGAUUCACAUGGCACCUUUCACUGAUGAAUAUUUGUUUAUUGAAAUUGCCAAUAAGGACCGGAGUUUGGGACGGAUGAUUGGCACCGGAUGUGAGUCCCAUGGCCUUUAUCACCUACAUACUUCUGCUCUUGCUGGUUUGGUGGUGGAUUCCCCUUCUCUCAUCCAUGCCCAAUUAGGCCAUCCUAGUCUUGUCAAUCUUCAACACCUUGUACCACGUCUGUCUAAGUUGUCUCAUUUGUCAUGUGAUAAUCAUAAGUCGUGUCAAUUAGACAAACAUAGUCGUAGUUCCUUUUCUCGGAGUGUCCCCAACCGAGAGUUGUCUCCUUUUGCUUUAGUUCACUAUGAUAUUUGGGGGCCGAGUCAGGUUAGGUCCACUUUAGGAUUUCAAUAUUUUGUAACUUUUAUUGAUGAUUACUCUCGAUGUACAUGAUUAUUUUUAAUGAAAAAUCGAUUUGAAUUAUUUUCCAUAUUUCAAUCCUUUUAUAAUGAAAUUCAUAAUCAAUUUAGUGUUUCUAUUCUUACUUUUUGUAGUGAUAAUGCUCGUGAAUAUCUCUCUUACUCCUUUCAAGCCUUCAUGGCUUCCCAUGGUAUUCUGCAUUAGACAUCUUGUGCAUAUACCCCUCAACAAAAUGGGGUGGCCAAGCGCAAAAAUAGACACUUGCUUGAGACCACUCGCACCCUCUUACUUCAUGGUCAUGUUCCUCAACCUUUUUGGGGUGAUGCUAUUCUUACUGCAUGCUAUCUCAUCAAUCGAAUGCCAUCUUCUGUUCUCAACAAUCAAAUAUCUCACUCUAUUUUGUUCCCCAAUCAUCCUCUCCACCCUCUACCUCCUCGCGUCUUUAGAUCUACUUGUUUCGUCCAUAAUCACAGUCCUGGUCUUGACAAACUAUCCGCUCGGUCUCACAAAUGUGUCUUUUUAGGGUAUCCUCGGUCUCAAAAAGGGUAUAAAUGUUUCUCACCAUCUCUUCGUUGUUAUUUAAUUUCAGCUAAUGUCACCUUUCUAGAGUCUUCUUUCUACUUUCCUUCUCCUUCAUCUUCUGCACCUGUCCUUGCCCCCUCAUCGACCCCUCUUGUCCUUGAUACUCCUCCUAUGUCUGCUGUGUCACCCGACCCAUCACCUCUGCCUCUCCUUCAAGUUUAUCAUCGUCGGCAACGCUCUUGCCUUCCUACUGGGCCCCCUGGUGACUCUCCUCUGGUGCCACCACCUUCGUCCCCUCCGGCCCAACCACUUGAGUUUGACCUCCCAAUUGCCCUUCGGAAAGGUAAUCGUUCUACUCGUAAUCCUUCCCCUCAUUAUAUUACUUUGAGUUAUCACAGGUUAUCCUCUUCCCAAUAUACUUGUCUCUCUUCUAUUUCUGUGUCUAUUCCUAAAAUUGUAGGUGAUGCCUUAGCCCACCCUGGUCCUUUGCCUCUUGAGAAGUCUGUGGUUGGGUGUCGCAGGAUCUUCACAAUCAAGGCUGGUCUUGAUGGCACCAUUGAUCGCCUCAAAGCUCGUUUGGUCGCCAAAGGUUAUACUCAAAUUUUUGGAUUAGACUAUGGUGAUACAUUCUCCCCCGUUGCCAAGAUGGCCUCUGUCAGAUUAUUCUUAGCCAUGGCUGCUCUUCGCUGCUGGCUUCUCUAUCAACUAGAUGUUAAAAAUGCCUUCCUUCAUGGGGAUUUGCUAGAGGAAAUUUAUAUGGAGCAACCUCCUGGGCUUGUUGCUCAGGGGGAGUCUUCCGGGUUGGUAUGUCGUCUCCGCAAAUCACUUUAGGGUCUUAAGCAGUCUCCAAUUUCAUUUUUUGGUCGAUUUAUUACCGUAGUCCAACAAUUCCGUAUGACUCGAAGUGAAGCUGAUCAUUCUAUUUUUUAUUGACAUUCCACUGUUGGGUGCAUCUACUUGAUAGUGUAUGUUGAUGAUAUUGUUCUUAUUGGUAGUGACCAUCAUGGCAUUUAUCAGAUAAAACAUUUUUGCCAUCACUUUCAGACAAAAGUUGGUAAACUUAGAUAUUUCUUGGGGAUUGAGGUAGCACAAUCUAAAAAUGGAAUUGUAAUAUCUCAAAGGAAGUAUGCAUUGGAUAUUUUAGAGGAAACUGGGCUAAUGAGUUCCAAGCCCGUUGAUACACCUAUAGAUCUCAAUGCUAAACUUCUACCUAGUCAGGGGGAGCCUUUCUCAAAUCCUGAGAGGUACAGAAGAUUGGUUGAGAAAUUGAAUUAUCUCACGGUAAUUCGUCCUGACAUCUCCUUUGCAGUUAGUGUGGCCCUGUUUUGGCAGCAGCAAAACUAUUAUGGUGUUGAUUUAACACCCCUACAUGGUACUGCAUUUCAAGGAUACUUUUCUCAGCCUGUGGUGGAUGCUUUUGAUCCAAGAUUGUUAAUAGCUCCUCCAAUGUUCCAUGUGAUAGACUUCACCAAAAUAAAGGAGGAAGAGCUGUAUGAAAUUGAUAUUCCUCUGAGAUUCAUAGCGUCUAUGGGCACUAGAGUUCAUGGGUUGGCCUGUUGGUUUGACGUGCUGUUCAAUGGAAGUACUGUGCAGAGGUGGCUUACCACUGCUCCUGGGUCACCGACAACCCAUUGGUACCAGUUACGCUGUGUUCUCUCUCAGCCAAUUUAUGUCAUGGCAGGACAAGAAAUUACUGGAAGGCUUCACUUGAUUGCCCACAACGCACAGAGUUACACAAUUUAUUUAACGUUGUCAGCUAAAAUGUGGGGUCCUGGUGCUGAACAAGGAGGAAUUCUUCAAACAUCAUCAUGUAAACUUGAUCUGAAGGAACCUUACUAUAGAAUGUCUCAACCGCAAGCUUAUGCAUUAGCUCAAGAUCAGCAGCAACCUCAACCACUUAUACAAACACAGGAUAUACAUAUUCAAUCUCAGGAUUUGGAUGAAGCCGAAAUAGUGCAACAGCCUUCGCCUAAUUCAUGUGCUCAGAUUGAUUCACUGAUGCAGAAUGUAUAACCUACCCAAUUUUCUGUUUGUAACAUGAAUUUUGCCAUGCUGCAGCAAGUUGGGGGCCGUGUGUCUGUAUUUGGACAUUCCCCUUGCAUGUAGAUUCUGUUUAAUCUAUUGUCCUCGAUUGCCUGGCAAACUUAGGAAUUUACUUAGCUGGCUGAGCGCUUUGUAAGAAGAUCAACGAUGCAGAGAAUAUUCUAGUAGAAAUUGCAACCCAUACUCAGGUAUUAGGUAGAAGUGAAGAGGCGCAAACAUGCUCUCUGCUUGUACUACUACUACUCAUUCAAAAUGGCGCACUUGCCAAGUGAAAGCCAAUGUAUUGUAAUCGAAAUCAGAUUUUUAAUGGAACUUCAUUUUAGGUAUUUUUUGGUUUGAAAA